CUCGAUACAGUUUUCGACGAAGUUAAUUUGUAGUGAAUUUAUUAUCUCGAUCCCAAGGGAGGAAAGCAUAUGCAUGUGUGUACGACUUUACGGAAUGUAGGGUGAAUGUGAGCUUGGUGCGUGAUAAAUAAGCGAGAAUUUAUACGAUUUUUGUAACGACGGUAAGUGAAUCGAGAGGAACAAAGGGCAGGAUGAGCAAUAUGCAACCAGAAGAGUACGAGAAUACGGGCUGGCUGUCGUACUUUAGCCGGCACAAGACGACCUACACUGCGUCCGAUAUUCACAAGAUCAGCAACGAGCUGAACAAUGUGCGCAAGAACCUGACCGCCACCCAGUACGCGUACGGCGAGCUGAGCAGUGAGCUGAAGGCACUCAAGAGUCUCCAGGAGCAGCAGCGCUUGGUGGACGAGUACGAGCAACGGGCGGCAGGCAGCAAAGGCUCGAAAUCGACCGACAAGCGGCUGAAGGAACAGGCCGAUGAAAUCAAAAGUCUCAAGAGCGAUCUUGCGAGCUGCCGGAAUGAGCUGUCCAAGCAGAUCGCCGCCCUGAAGGUGUCGGUUGGCGAGCAGAGCAAGAAAAAGGGUGUGUUUGGAGGUAGUGGCAAGCCUUCGCACGGCAACCCACCGCCAGCCGGCAGUAACGCCAUGACCUUGAGUCUGGAAAGUCGCAUCAUUGCCGCGGAGGUACAGAUCGAUCAGCUGACAACCGGGCACACUGACCGGUUAAGUGCUCUGGAGCAGAAAGUAGGUCAGCUAGAGCAGACGGGCGGCAGUUCGUCGGUAGAUUAUGAGGUACGGCUGAAUGCUCUCGAGCGAGAUUUUACGCGCAAGCUGCAGGAUCUGACCGAUCUUGUGGUUGAGCUGCAGCGCAAGCUAGCUAAGAGUGAAGCCAAACAGGUGGAAAUGGUGCAACGGUUGUCGACGGCCCAAACCACACUGUAUGAACAGCUGGAGCAGCGGUACGAUGAGCAGUGUGGCAAACUGCGAGAAUUGCAAGUUCGGCUCAGCCAUCUUGGCCAGCAUGACGACGUAGACUCCACGUUUGUCUGAGGGAACCGGGCAACGAAAGCCAGUAUUACUUGCAGCAUCAUUGACGCUCAUAUUAUCGAUUCUGCCGUACUCCCUGGCUAGUGAUU